AUGGCGCUUGUCCAUCACACGAGAAGCAGCACAACAGCACCAGGAGCAAAUCCGUUUGUUUUAGGUUCAAGGUAUGCAGAUUUCAGGAAAGUGCAAGCCAGUCGACCUGAGUUAAAUCGGACAUCACCGGUUAUUACGACACAACCACCAAGUCCAACGUGGAAGUAUGGGGAUGGAGCUCGAGUCGGCGAUUCAUUCCAAGGUUCAGAUAGAAGUAUCGCGUCGAUUGAGCAAUCCCGAUUGGAGCAAACUCAGCGCCAUGUACAAAUUGACCCCAAUGCGUCUGACCGAGCAAUGAUUCAAAAUUACCAAGUCCUCAUAUCGGGGAUUCCCAGGCCGAUUUCCUUCGUUAGCACAGUUUCUACUGAUGGAUCCAAGAAUCUCAGCCCCUUCAGCUACUUUCAAGUUGUGGAUCAUGAUCCCCCCAUUUUCGUCAUCGGCUUUUCGGCCCGCCAGGCCAGACCCAAGGAUACAAGACGCAAUCUAUUGGAAACAGGAGAGUGUGUUAUCAACAUUGUCAGCGAACACAUGAUCGAAGCAGUCAAUGCCACCUCGCUCGACCUACCGUAUGGUGCCUCUGAAUGGGAGCUCUCGGGGCUCACUGCAGCCUCGUCAAGCACUGUAAAUCCGGAAAGAGUUCAGGAAGCGAUAUUCAGCAUUGAGGGCCGUUUGCUUGAGAUGAAAGAGCUCGACUACGGCAAGGAGGAUAGCACUAAAGCAAAUGGAGCAUUGGCUAUCAUCGAAGCGACGAGAUUUUGGGUUCGUGAAGAUGCAAUUAACGAGGAUCAAAGCCAUAUCCGUCUAGAGAAAUUGAGGCCUUUAGUCCAGCUGGGCGGCAUCUCUUAUGGUCGAGUAAGAGAGACUUUUGAACUGCCCAGACCCCGGCUCGAAGAUGAGUUGCGGGAUAAAGAGAAAGGGUUGCAGAAAUACUAUAAAUCAGAGUCCGAGUCAUUGACAUAG